GCUCCAUCGCUCCAUCGCUCCAUCUCAUCGCUCUCCAUCAAUCGACAAGACCGCUCCUUCUCACUCCUACUAGGACGCUCUAUUGCACCACUCACGAGCCUUCGGCCACUACACAACGCGACCUGGACACGGCCGCGUCCAGCGGGGCAUUAUGAGAUCAACGUCUAAGUCACUGGAACAGAUACAGAAACAACUUACUCACUCUGUUCACGAAGCUCGCGAUUCAUCCUCCGAAGGACUCGACGCAGCGCAAGAAAAGGCUCUCAGAAUUACGCGAAAGAUCAUUACUACACCCCCUAAAAAGCUGUCAAUCGGAACUCGACACAGAUACAAACAUGCACGACGGUUCCUUGAAGCGGCCCUUCCCGCGAUCGGAGCGAACUUCUUUCUCGCAUGCGCCAUUUCGCAGGUAGUCCGGGACAUGAGCAAUCUGGCUCAGCACAGUCUCCAACAAUCGAUCGAGGCACUCAAAGCCUGGUGGACAUCAUUACCUCAGGAGCCUCGCCUUGCCGAGUUGCCUCAAUUCACUGCGUUCUUGAAAGAAAUGCAGGGCCCUCUCGGAUGUUCCCCGUACGCCAAAUCAAGUCCACGACCACGAAUACCCGAAGAGAGUCUACCAUCACGAAUACCCGAAGAGAGUCUACCACCACGUGCCGAGUCGCCAGGGCCAGCGGUAGAGCCCACAGACACCACAAACCCAUCUGUGCCUUCACUACUGAGGGUCGUUGACCAGACGAUCGACAAUACCGCCACAGCCGUACCUCCAAUCGCCCCUGCUGCACGGAAUGCGCCAGGCAAACGUCAGGCAGAACAGAUAGACGAGGGGCCAGACCCAAAGAGACUGCGAACUAUGGACGUGGACAUCCCAGCAUUCUCGCCUUCCCACAUAACACCGUACUCCAAUGCAGAGUUUUUUUCUGAAAGCAGGGUGAACGAUCUGCCGAGAGAGAUAUCCAAACAGUUUGGGCUGUACGCAGAGUCCAUUACGCCCUAUGAGGCCAUAAGUAAGAUCGCCCAUCUGGGGGAUAUGGGAGUAAAAUGCACUAUAUUGUGGGAUAUAAAUGCGGCGGAGUGGGAACCGUGUCUAGUUGUUCCUUUGACAUACAGUCUGGCCAAGGUCGCACCCUUCCCCAACACACAUUAGUGUCCAAUCCUUUUUCCCCCAGGGGAUUAUCGAAAUCGAGUCAUUAUCCCCUUGUGGUACGGAAUCUUUUCGGAUGUCAUUUCCAUCAAAUAUGUAUACGCUGGAUUUUCCUUGUAGCCGGACAAAGAUCGCACAGACGUCCUUGCCAGGUGUAAGGGACUGCUUGUGCGUGUGGUGGGACCAUUUUAUAUCCGCGCCUUGAAGCCCGGUCUCGUCUUUCAAUGCUUGUAGAAGUUGAUCAUCUGUGCUCUCUAAAGCGCGCUUGAAUGAGGGCAAUUUCGACAUGAGCCUCGUAGCGAUGGAUGGUUGCAGGAGGGCAGGUUUGGAUUGAUUGUUGGGACGGGGUGAAAUGUCUGCUGACCCCUCUCUGAUGGUUAGGCUACCUUGGUCUUUGCGCAGAGCCUAACGUGCCCCGCCU